AUGGAAGAAGCUUUCAAAACUGGGACUCAAAGCCUUGAUCCAGAUCAAGGCUGUUUCUCUAUGAUGGAUGAAUCCAGUCAACAAGAAGCCCCUUCUCCCAAAUUAUCUAUUACUGAAUUGAGCAAAGAUCUAGAAUCAAAGAGUGAGCUGAUUGAUGACAAAGAAUUUGAUAUUCCUCAAGUUGAUACUCCUCCAACAUUAGAAAGUAUUUUAAAUGAAACUGAUGAUGAAGAAGAGCCAUUUGUUCUUGAGGAUCCUUCACUUCUGAAUAUUGAUAACAUUGAUACUCAUUCAUAUGAUACUUCUUCAUUAGCAAGCUCUGAUAGCGGAGAUAAAUCACACCUAAAAAGAAAGAAGAAACUCCGUGAUUCUUUCUCCAUCCAUGGCUCAGUUAUACGGCUGUCACUUUUGAAGGGUAUUUCUACCCAAAUAGUAUCUGCAGCAGCCAAAGUGGAUGCAGGUUUACCCACUGCAAUUGCAGCAUCAAGUCUGAUAGCGGUAGGAACAUCCCAUGGUCUAGCUUUAAUAUUUGAUCCUAACCAGGCUCUUCGGCUUUGCCUGGGCAAUACUGCUGUUGGUGCACAGUAUGGGGCUAUAUCUGCUCUUAGCAUCAACAGUGACUGUUCGAGGCUUCUGUGUGGCUUUGCAAAAGGACAGAUUACAAUGUGGGAUCUGGCCAGUGGAAAAUUGUUACGAUCAAUAAUAGAUGCACAUCCUCCAGGAACUGCAAUUUUGCACAUUAAGUUUACAGAUGAUCCAACUCUCGCAAUCUGCAAUGACAGUGGUGGUUCAGUAUUUGAACUGUCAUUCAAGAGAGUGAUGGGUGUGAGAACGUGUGAAUCUCGCUGUUUGUUCAGUGGAUCGAAGGGAGAGGUUUGCUGCAUUGAGCCUUUACAUGCAAAGGCUGAGCUGAGAGACCAUCCUAUCACCCAAUAUUCUCUGCUAGCUAUGGCUUCCUUGACAAAGAUUCUUGUGAUUGGAUUGAAGCCAUCUUUGAAAGUGUGGAUGACAUUCCCAUAUGGUCGUAUGGAACCAUCUAGUGUUCCACUGCUUGCCUGGUAUUUUGUUGCUGCCCAAACAUCUGUGAAUCCAGUGCUUGCUUUCUGUCGAGGAGAUGUGGUCCAUUUCCUUCUGGUAAAAAGAGAUGAAUCUGGAGCAAUACAUGUUACAAAGCAGAAGCAGCUACACUUGCAUUAUGAUUUAAUCAAUUUUACAUGGAUAAACUCCCAUACAAUUGUACUUCUAGAUAGUGUGGAAAAAUUACAUGUGAUAGAUCGUCAUACACAGGAGGAACUUGAGACUGCAGAGAUAUCAGAAGUUCAGCUAGUAUAUAAUAGCAGCCACUUCAAAUCAUUGGCAACAGGAGGCAAUGUUAGCCAAGCACUGGCACUGGUGGGUGAGAAGGCUUGUUACCAGUCAAUCAGCAACUGUGGUGGUCAGAUUUUUUAUUUGGGUACAAAGUCUGUUCAUGUUUUAACACUGAGGACCUGGAGGGAGAGAAUCGAUCACCUUCUGAAGCAAGAAUGUCUUAAUGAAGCAUUGGCUUUGUCAUGGUCCUUUCAUGAAGGGAAAGCCAAAGCUGUUGUGGGCUUGUCUGGGGAUGAACAAAAACGGAAGGCUGUUGUUGCAGACAGGAUGGUUGAAAUUCUUAUUCAUUGUGCUGAUCGAACUAUGAAGAAAUGUCCCGAGCAGGGUAAAAUCCAAGUUAUGGAGCAACAUUUCCAGACUAUGGUCCCUGUCAUUGUUGACUAUUGUCUUCUGCUUCAGCGAACAGAUAUAUUAUUCGGUCAAAUGUAUGACAAGAUGAGUGAAAAUUCUGUAGCAAAGGGAGUGUUUUUAGAAUGUCUUGAGCCAUACAUUUUAAGUGAUAAAUUGGUUGGAAUCACAGCUCAGAUUAUGAAGGAUUUGCUGCUUCAUUUCCAAGAUAAAAAUUUAAUGGCAAAUAUGGAAGCCUGCAUUGUACAUAUGGAUAUUACCAGCCUUGAUAUACAACAGGUUGUCCUUAUGUGUUGGAAAAACCACCUGUAUGAUGCCAUGAUAUAUGUCUAUAACAGUGGAAUGAAUGACUACAUUACUCCGAUGGAGAAAUUGUUCAAAGCCAUUGCUCAUCCACUUAGUGCUGGAAAAUCUCUCUCAGAUGAACAAGUCAUUAUGGGCAACAAACUGCUUGUCUAUAUAAGUUGCUGUUUGGCAGGCCGAGCUUACCCAUUGGGCAAUAUUCCUGAAGACCUGGUACCAUUGAUUAAAAACCAGGUUUUUGAAUUCCUCAUCCGUCUGCAUUCAGCUGAGGCCCCUACAGAUGAAGAAGUGUAUCCCUACGUUCGUACACUGUUGCACUUUGAUACACGAGAGUUCCUUAAUGUUCUUGCACUGACAUUUGAAGAUUUUAAGAAUGACAAGCAAGCUGUGGAAUACCAACAGAGAAUUGUGGACAUAUUACUCAAGGUUAUGGUGGAGAAUUCUGAUUUUACCCCAUCACAAGUUGGAUGCCUUUUUACUUUCCUUGCUCAACAACUUGCUAAGCCAAACAACACAUUGUUUGUGAAUAGGAUGCUAUUUGACCAGGUCCUUGAAUUUCUCUGCAGUCCUGAUGAUGAUUCACGACAUUCUGAAAGACAGCAGGUUCUGUUAGAAUUGCUUCAGGCUGGAGGUAUAGUGCAGUUUGAAGAAAACAGGCUCAUUCAAAUGGCAGAAAAAGCUGAAUUUUACCAAAUCUGUGAAUUUAUAUAUGAACGGGAACACCGCUAUGAUAGGAUAAUUGAUUGCUACUUGCAUGAUCCCUUGAGAAAGGAAGAAGUUUUCUCCUAUAUCCACAAUAUUCUUUCCAUUCCUGGGUAUAGUACAGAAGAAAAGCAAUCUGUGUGGCAGAAAACUAUGAAACAUAUUGAGGAGCUGACAUCAGUGAGUCCUUUUAAAACAGCAGAUCUUAUUUCUAUUCAUUUCAGUAAUGAGAUUGAACAAAUAAUUCAGAUUCUACAGGAUGAACAUUUGCUUUUCCAAUUUUUGAAGAGUCUCCUUGAUCCAAGGGAAGGUAUCAAUCAAGAUUUGCUUCAGCUUUCUCCCUCUAUUACUGAACAGUUUAUUGAUUUACUAUGUCGGUAUGAUGCUGACCAGGUCUUAGAGACUUUGAAGUGCCUGGAGUCUUAUAGGCUGGAAGAGACAAUUCAGGUCACCCAAAAGUAUCAGCUCCAUGAGGCUUCUUCUUACUUGCUUGAAAAGAAAGAUGACAUUCCUGGUGCCUUCUUAAUUAUGCUUGAGUGGUUACAAAGCAAACUUUCAACACUGACUUCUGGAGAUAAAAUUUCAGCGCAACUUCCUUUACUAAAAGAUAUUGAAGAUACCUUAGCAAAAACAAUUGCACUUUGCCAGAGGAAUUCACACAAAUUUAAUCAGCAGGAGCGAGAAGCACUGUGGUUUCCGCUCCUAGAGGCAAUGUUGUCACCCCAAAGAUCUACAUUGCUACCUUGUUACUCUGAAUAUUUGAAGAACUUGACAAUGCAAGUAUUGAACAAUAUGACAACAUUCAUUGCUCUGCCAUUAAUUUUGCAGAGAAUCCUACAGGAUCCAGUAUAUGGAAGAGGAAAACUUGGAGAAAUUCAGGGUCUUGUGCUAGGUAUGCUGGACAGCUUUAACUAUGAGCAAACUCUUUUGGAGACAACAACAAGCUUACUUAACCGUGAUCUCCACUGGUCUUUACGUAAUUUGAAAGCAUCUAUGACUAGAGGGCUCAAUCCCAAACAAGAUUAUUGCUGUAUUUGUUUGCAACAGUACAAGAGAAGACAACAGACUGGUGACCAAAUUAUAGUCUUCAGUUGUGGCCAUUUGUACCAUUCUCUUUGUCUGCUAAGUAAAGAGUGUGGCACUGAAACAACAGGACAGAUGAGGUGGACUUGCUUUAAAUGCAGUGCAAGUUAUAAAGGAGACAAAGUAUGUUUGACUUCCUUGGAGAAGAAGAAAAGAACUCCAGUAUCAUUUGCUCAGACUAGUACAGAGUGUCUGUUGGAUCCACAGCAAGCUCAAGCUUUUGACCAGCUCUGUCGUCUAUAUCGUGGAACAUCAAGGUUGGCACUUUUGACUGAAUUGUCUCGAGAUCAUGGUGGUGAAAAACAUGGUUUUGUCCAAGUCUCCCAGGGGGAUUCUGCCCUAAAUAGUGUCUUCCAAAAUGAGACUUUUCAGCUUCAUCUCAAUCCUCCUCCUCUUCUAGAAGACUAAUCCUUGGGUAUCAAGCAUUGUGGGGGGGAAAUACUGCAAAUGUUUGCUGGUGGAUCCAAAGGAAAAGGUAGCAGUAUGUAUUUUAUGACUAACUGCAACAAUGCAAUCUUUGUGAGAACUACCUGUUUUGAUCCUUAACAAAACAGAACAUCAUUGUCAAAUAUUCUAGUCCUUAUGUCCAAUGGAUUUUGCUGAAAGCUAUAAACUGCUCUAUGAAUCCUAUACUUUUUUCAUUUAAACUCAGAGUAAAGAAUGGAACUUUACAUUGGUUAUUGGUUAUAAAGGCUACAAUGCAAGACAGAACUGCCAGAACGUUUAUGAGAUUGCUUUCUCUAAUGCUCUCAGUUGCUUCUGAAAAUCUGUUAGCUGCUCCAGUUGCAGCUCAAGAAAUGUUGCUGUGACAGAUGCUAUGCCUUGGAAAUGUAACAUGCUAACAUCAUAAAUGAGGAAAAUCUGUUAAUGAAACACAUUAGAAUAUACCACUCAGCCAACUAGAUAUUUGAUGUCAAUUUGUGUAUAUUCUGAGUACUUUCAUGAGUGCCAGCUUUUCCACGGAGAGCUUAACUGUUUCCAGUGUACCAAAAGAAACAAGCACAUUACUCAUUUAUGAUGGCUGCUCUCUUGCUGCCAAGUUGCAUGGAAAAGAUAUCUUCUUCCAUUAUAUAUUGCCAGUUUCCUGAACCUUACCCAUUUAUUUUUAUGAAUUCACUAAAGGAUUAUCAUGUUGUUAUUUCUCCUCCUUAUCUUUGCCACAG